UUGCUGGGAGGAAAUUUUAGUAACUGGACCUCUUUGAAUUUGAAUACACCUGUUCUAGCUCAUUGGGUUUAAACCCUCUAACCAUAGUAGAGGUCACUGGUUCCUCCGCUCUUUCACUAGCACGCAUAGUUGUAGUCAAGUGAACUGGAGCCAUGGGGAACUUAACUGUACAGUCAGAGUAUUAACUCCUGACUGACUGAGAAUCUCUUUCUGAGUUCCCAUCACUGUCUAACAUUUCAGGAACCUGAUUACUCCACAUGCCACAUACAGAUGUCUUGCUGCUGCUAGUUUCAGUUGUGCCAUUUUUUUUAUCAGGAAUUGACAAGCAGACUUUGCUUCCUCUAAAUCUUUGAACAAUGUUUCCACAGAUGAACUAAGCAUGCUGUUGUUAGUUUAAGGCAUGCAAUCUCGUUCUGCAUCCUAAUCUUUUCUUCUUCUUUCCAGAGUAUUUCACUAAUCUGGUAAUCUCUUUUAGUCUAGUCUAGAUUGCAGUUGCUCGUUUUCAGCCUUUAAUGCAUUUAAUGUCUUUCUAGUGACUUUGUAUGAUGCAAGAACUGCUUGCAGUGCAUUGGCAAUCUGCCCUUUUUUGUUCUUGGGCAUUUUAGGGUAAUUUUCAAACUUAGAAAUAGCCCACUCAGAUGGUUUAUCAACAAUGUUCCAACAAACAUUCCCAUAGAAUCAUGUUAACAAUGUACUUAAUAAUCAGCUGUUCCAUUUUUACAAACUUACAGCUUUCCUUAAAUCUUAGUCUUUAAACUUUACACAGUUUCUGUUACUACUAAUUAUCUGGUUAACCAUCUAUUUAUUCACAGCUCCAGUACUUCGGAAGCAAAUGAACAAAACAGCCACAAUACGUCGGGCUUUUAAACUCAAAAGUCUCACUGCUUCGGGCACAGACACACUCCAUCCGGCCUCAAGUUCAACUACAGUAACACUUAACACUCACAACUCUCAAACACUCACAAACAGUAACACUCACAAACUCACAAACAGUUUAAAAUGCGUUAAAAUACGUCGGACAAAACCACAGUAGGUUUUUGUUAUAUUUUAAAACAGUCUUCUUGGCCACAGCACUUUUGGACUUAAAACGUUAGUGUAACAGUCACAGUACGUCGGACAAAACCACAGUAAGUCGGGUUUCUUUGCAUUAAAGCCUAAUCGUUUACAGAACAUGGACGUAAAACGUAAGUUUAAAACACUGUUACAGUCUGUCAGACAACACCACACUACCUCGGGUUAUUGCUUUAAACUCUACAGAGCUGCGGUGUGUCAGGGCUCUUUACACUAUCACUGUUUCAGUUACUUUUCAAUCACUGUUACAGUAGCUAUAAUUCACCUGCCACACUGCGUCGGGCUGAUUCAGUUACUUUAGAAUCUUAACAGAAUUAUAACAAACACGCAAGUUUCAGUUACUUUAGAAAGCUAUCAGCUUAAGGACUUUGCCUCAGUUACUUUAGAAAUAACAAUUCACAUAAAACUCUGUCACCACACUGCGUCGGGUUAAUUCAGUUCCGUUAGAAUCUUAAACAGAACUGUACAGAAUUGGCUUAACAACAAUAACUCCUUCUGCUUAUGAUCAAUAAACUACACUCUAUGCUCUAUUCUACACUAAAACAUUUCUUUUCUAGGUUUUUUAAACAAGGGGGUUCCCUGAAUAAAAAAAAAACAGCGUAAAAGAAAAAAAUACCACUUUGGAAGUCCACAAAUGCAACAUCACAUUAGCACAGAGUUUAGCAACACCGAUUACUCAAUAAUAAUUGGAUAUAGAUUUCUGCACAAGUCAACAUAAAACCCACAAGACCCUAUGACCUGUGUAUGAACUGUGUAUAGUCAUUUUUAUCAUGUCAUUUCCUGAUCAUUUACUGAAAAGGUCUUGCAAAUUGUUCAAGGGAUUUAGUGCCAGAGACAAGAUUCUGUUCAUCACCUUGAAAGUGCAAAAACAGUAACAAUGGUAUUGCAGUGUUUCCUCCUUCUGGUUUUCUUGGUCAGUAGUAUCUAUGGACACACUGAGUUUAUUUAUACAACAAAGAAUGAAGUAAAAUUGUUCUGCGACACCAGCAAAUGGCAAAUAAGCACAGAGUCUGACAGCAGAAUUGAUGUGAAUUGCACAGUGAAGUGUGUUCCUGGUGAACAGCUCAAACUUAACAACAUUCAGAAAUUCUGUACAAAUGAAGAGUUAGAUAAAGUUGAGGAAAAAUGUCCACUAAUAGCAACCAGUGGAUUUUUUCGAUGUGUCACUGCUCUGGAUUCUGGUUUCUUGUAUCCAUUCGCACCGUCUCCCAACACUGUCACCUCAUACAUAGUCGCUACUGCAAAUGAACUCAUAACAAACAAGUCUGUGGAAAGAUCUUCAGUCGUGCUCACUGAAGGUGAAGAUGUGCUUUUAAACUGCAGUUUCAACCGUACAGAAGGAUAUGACAAUAUAGAUUUUACUGUGUACUGGAUCAAGACCAUUGAAAAGAAAAGUAUCUGUGUUUAUUCUUAUGAUUUUGAAAUGUAUCAUGGUAUAAAGUAUAAUUUUAAAUGCAAUGUGCAAGAAGAUCUGCUUCAAAGGUUCUCAAACCAAACUGAUGGCAGAAACAUCCAUAACAUCAGGAUCAGUAACGUAACAGAAUCAGAUGCUGGACUUUAUCUUUGUGCUUUACGAGUGAACACAUAUAGUAAAGGCAAAGGAAACUGGAAGAUCAUAAAUAAUGUUACAGUCAGUGUACAUAAAGGAUCUGAGGACAAAGGAUCUCAAAUAUCUGGAAAAAGAUUGUAUGCUGAGUCUCUCAUCCGCUUAUGUGUUACACUGCCAAUAAUACUGGGUGUUCCGAUUGCUGUUAUGGUCAUGAAUUUAUGGAAAAAGAAUAAAACCUCACAGAUAUCUCAGACUAUGGAACUGCGAACAAUCCAACAUAGAGAAGAAUUUCUGAUAUGAACUUUGAGACAUGACCACAACACAGAAGUGAAUUUUUAAAUUGUGUUAAAAAUCUGCUCUCUGUUAUGGUUUAUUUUCUUAUUUAAUUUCUUAUUUUACUCUACAUCUUUCUCAUUUCAAAUGUAUAAAAUUAAUACAUUUUAAAUCCAUUUGACAUUGGGUCAAGUUUCAUGGCUCUGUAUUUUAUUUGUAUGCAAUAUAUAUGACAGUGACAGUGUUGUUUCAUCACACAAACAGAAACAUUGUGGUCCACCAGAGAACGCCAUUUCUGGAAUAAAAGUGUAUAUACAGUA